AUGUCCACAGGUGUUUUCCGCUCUUGUUUUUUCUCCGUGCUCUUCCUGGAGCUCGCUGAUCUGAAAUCACGUGAGCGGAGAAGCGAAAGCGAAACUGAACCGAGAGACGAGUCGGAUCUUUCGGGGGAUUUGACUCUUCAUCGUCAGUGUGCGGAGCAGCAGCUGAGGGUGAGCAGGAUGGAGAGCAGGAGUCUGCUUCUGGAGGGUCUGCCGGAUGAUUUCCACAGACUGAAGCCCAAACUAGAGCUUUACUUCAGAAACAAGCGCAGGUCAGGAGGAGAAAUCCUAAACCUCCGAGAACAUGAAGAGGACAGACGGAAAGCGCUGCUGGAUUAUUCACAAGAGGAGGAUCUGCAGAAGGUGCUGGACACCAGAGUUCAUACGGUGAGAUUCAGAGGUUACGGAGCGGUGGAGCUGACGGUGAAGCUUCCAGAGCAGAAGAACAGACCAGCAGCGCUGCAGACACCGGAGGACAGGCUUCUGCAUAAGGUCUCUGCGGUGCAGACGGAGACAGCAGUCACAGAUCACACAGACAGGGACUGUGAGACUCCAGAUGUGCUGAUCUCCAGCUCUCGCUCGCUCGAUAAAGAAACACUGCAGAUGUACAUUGAGCAGUUUACAGAACACUUUGAGCUCGCCAAACACGGAAACAACAGCUGGAUCCUCAAGCUCUACAGUCAGUCAGAUCUGGAGAAGAUUGUGUCUCGGGACGAGCACGAGUUUGGUCUGUCUGUAGCCGUGCACACCGUAUCUGACCGGGCCGAGGCCUGGGACCCGCACCGCUUUAUCCUGACCGGGUUUGACGGCACCACCGAAUGCGACCUGAUCUCAGUGUUCAUCGGCAGCUGCAGCAGAACCACCACACACUGCUGGGAGCCGCUGGACGAGGGCCGGGUCAUAGUCAGCUUCAGACAGGACAUUGAUGUGAACUCAUUCAUGAAGAAAUGCACAUCGAAGCAGCUGCAGGGCAGAGACAUCGGUGUGACGCGGAUGGAGCGGACAGAUUCGGUCCUGCUUCGUGGAGAUCUGGAGCCGCUCAGCGAAGACAUUCUCACGAUUUACUUCAACAACAAGAAGAGGAGCGGCGGAGGAGAAACGGAAGCCUUCAUCUGGAUCAACAGGAGGAACAGCGCCGUCCUCACCUUCACUAACGCAGACGAUGCGCAUGCAGUGGUGGAACAAAAGCACAGUGUUAGCGGCACAGAUGUUCAGGCUUCACUGUUCUAUUCGAGCCUGCAAAAGGCUUUAACUGGAGAAAAACCAAAUCUGACGGAGAUCAGAACAAAGCUGAAGAUUCCUGUCAGCGAAGACCUGCUGCGCUUCUGGGAGAGCGACGAGCGCAGUCGCAAACAACUGGAGAGUGAAGCCGAGCGGCUGCAUGCUAAAGUGCUGAUGGACAGCAGAGCGGCGGCCGGACUGAUAACUCUGGAGAUGAACAUCAGUAUAAACACACUGGCGGCUCUGCACAUCGCCCCCUACUGGGAGACCCGCGCCUCCAAGGGAAUAGAAGCCAUCCUGAGUCGAUUUGACUCCGCGGAGCUGAGCGUGGAGAUGGAGGUCUGGAGGAGAGUAGAGGAUGCCUGUCGCCGCUGCAUCACAGCCGAUACGGCGCUCUCCUACAGUGAAAACCGUUCUGCAGUCGCCAUCGCUGGAGAAAAAGACCAGGUCAGGAUCAUCUCAGGGCAGAUCCGGGUGCUGGUGGAGAAUGCCGUCGCAGAGCUGGAGCAGGAGAGAAACACGGUGCAGAUCCGUCUGGACAACAGAGAGACGUUUGAGCUCAUCUGCGAGCACCUGCAGGCGGAUCUGCCACAAGUGGAUCUGUCCUAUGAUGAGGAGCAGCACACGGUUUCCCUCCGAGGACUGAAGGAGAGCGUGGAUUCAGCGCAGACGCUCAUCGGACAAGCACAGCAGAGCUUCAUCACGCACCGGAUCACGCUUUCUGCUGCUCUCCAACACUUCACACAGUCUGUGGAGCUUGGACAACUAGAGCGAGAACUCCUGUCCGAACACACCCUGGCCCGACUGCUGGAGUGCAAGGAUGGCCUGGGGCUCGUGCUGGAGAAGAAACACCUUCAAGCCGCGGAGGACAGAAUCAGGCAGAUUCUGGAGGAGCAGGUUAUCCAGCUGUCCUCAGGUCAGUGUGAUGAGAAAUGGAUGGUCUUCCUCAGGAGUCUACAGAAGGAGAGCUCUCCUAGCGUCAGCAUCACUACCACAGACACACAGAUCACCAUCUGCGGAUUCUCCAAUGCUGUCGCUGAGGCUGCAGGAAAGGUGAAGCACUAUCUGGAGCAGCGGGAGCCGACAGCCGAGAGCAUCCCGCUGAAGUCUGAGCGAGAGGCUGAGUUUGUGGAGUCCUGUCUGCAUCUGUCUGAGCUCGCAGAGCUCCAGAGCCUCAGCGCCACAGUCCUCGUUCACAGAACAGCAGACGGUCCUUGCCUGACGGUGACGGCGGACAAGCAGCACAUCCAGGAGGCUGUCGGAGUCGUGCAGAAGCAGCUGGCAGCCAUUAUUGUGGAGAAACACGAGUAUGGCAGAGCAGGAGAAGUGAAGAUUCUGGAAAAACACCGGGCCACUGUGAGGACGAGGGCACAGGAAAGGCGCUGUGGGCUGUUCUUAUCACAGAAACCCCCAGUGGCUCCGGCACUGCCACUGAGCUUCACGCACAGAAUAGGCAAACACAUGAGUCUGAGCAUCACUGAAGGAGCCCUGCAGCACCUCGCGGCCGAUGCCUUACUCUGCCCGCUGGACAGUAAGCUGGGCUAUAGUGACCCCGUCAUUCAGGCUGUUCUCCACUUCAGGGGCGCAUCCAUCACAGACAUGUGUGGAACUCAGAAAAGUCCUCAGCCUGGAGAGGUGCUGCUCGGCUCCACGGGGAGACUCAGCACUGGGAUGUUGCUGUUGGCUGUUCUGCCGCAGAAGGGUCAGCCUCGGGAUUCUCAAUGCCUUCAGUCUGCCAUCUGCAACAGUCUGCGGAAAGCAGAGGAACACUCCUGCUCCUCAAUCGCCCUUCCGCCAGUCGGCUGUGGAAACUUUGGGUUCUCCAUCACAGAAAGCUGCACGGCGAUCCGAGCCGCGGUUCUGCAGUUCUCUCAGGAUUCACCGAAAAACCUUAGAAACGUCACUAUAGUGGCUCCAGACCAGAAGACGGUGGAGGAGUUCAACACGCUGAUCAAGGAGCUGGGAUUCCCUCUACAGUCUCUGAAGCGUAAACACCGAUCAGACAGGAGAGUGCUGAUCAAUGGUGUGCAGAUACUCCUCAAGAAGGGCGACAUCACCAGAGAGGCGGCGGAUGUUAUAGUGAACUCGACCAACAAGACUUUAGAUCUGAACACGGGUGUUUCUGGUGCCAUCUUUAAAGCUGCUGGAAAAUCAGUUGUUGCCGAGUGUAAGAAGCGAGCUCCUCUGCCAGCGGGUGGUGUGCUCCUGACCUCUGCUGGAGAUCUUCAGUGCCACAGCAUCGCUCAGAUGGUCGGACCGGAGAACAUCACAGACAUCACACACUCUCUGGGGAAAAUCCUGGACCUCUGUGAUGAAAAACAGGCCAGAAGUCUCGCUAUUCCUGCUAUCGGAACAGGGCGCGGAGGCUUCACCCCCAAAGACUCGAUGUGGGCGAUGCUGGCGGCGAUGCAGACGCACCUGACGGAGCCCAACUCCUCCACCCUCAGCAGAAUCACUGUGCUGGCCCUGCAGCAGGACACCUUCCAGGCCUUUCGCCACUGCUUUAAAGAGUGGAACCAGCCCACAUACGGCAAGAUGCCCGAGAGUCAAGUCAAAAUCGGAAAUACCAGAAUCGAGGUGAAGAAGGGGAGCAUCACGAAUGAAAGCGUGCGAGGAAUCGUCAACACCACCAACAGAGACAUGAGUCUGAGAGGAGGUGUUUCAGGUGCCAUAUUUAAAGCAGCAGGAGCGUCUGUGGAGCAGGAGUGUCAAAAACAUGGCCCUCUGCAGGGUGAUGACGCCGCAGUGACUGCCGCUGGACUCCUGCACAGUGACCUGAUCCUUCACAUGCUUGGCCCACACUCUGCCGAAGAGAGCCGGACACGUGUGCGGAAGGUUCUGGAGCGUUGCGAGGAGAAGCAGAUCACCACCGUCUCCUUCCCGGCCAUUGGCACCGGAGGUGGAGGUGUUCAGGCUGUGGAUGCGGUCGCUGCAAUGCUGCAGGGCUUUGCAGAUCACCUGACAAAAAGCACCUCAUCGGUGGUCAAGCUCAUCUACAUCGUGAUCGACCGUGACAGCAUCUUGCAGGAGUUCCUGGAUGGCCUCAAAACAUGGAGAGCAAACGCACAGGCCAGCAGAGAUGAAGAAGACGAUGAAGAUGAAGAAGAAGAAGAAGAUGAUGAGGUCUGCAGCUCCUCAUCUGAUCCAGAAGCUGACGUAGAAGCAGUGGAGGUGUUUCUGGGCCCGCUGACCGUCAGGGUGUCCAGCGGAGACAUCACCAAGGAGAAGGUGGAGGCCGUGGUCAACAGCACCAACACAAGCCUCAACCUCAGCUCAGGUGUCUCAGGUGCGAUUCUCAAAGCAUCAGGAUCAAAAGUGGUCAAGGAGUGUAAAGCCAAAGCACCUCAGCCUGCAGACGGUGUGGUCCUGACCAGAGCUGGAAACCUGACCAACUGCACACACAUCGUCCACAUGGUUGGACAGACCAGCAGGAAGGGCAUCCGCAGCUCCAUGGCCAAAGUGUUGAAGACCUGUGAGGAAAACCACAUACAGUCGAUCUCAUUCCCGGCUCUGGGAACGGGAGCUGGACAUCUGCCCGCAGCCGCAGUCGCUGACGCAAUGACCACAGCUCUGACUGACUUUGUGAAGGACUUGCCCAAACAUCUGAAGCGCGUCCACAUUGUGAUCUUCCAGCGGAAACUGCUGCCCGACUUCCAGAAGGCUGUGAGGAGCUGCAGGAGGAUGAUGGCAUCAGCAGGUCAGGUCAAGCCCCUGCAGACGCACAAACCACCGCCGGCUCUGUGUCUAGCGAGGGAAACGGCUGCGGUGUCGUUCCCCAUGAUGGAGAUGGAGGUGUACGGGACAUCCAGAACACAGCUAGCGGAGGUGACGAGUCUGCUAGAUGACCUGCUGUCGGAGGAGAGUGAGAGGAAAGAUCUUCAGUCCAGACACAUCACAGACCUGACAGAGAGUGACGCUGAGGCCGUGGUGAGCCUGAGCCGGGCCAUGCAGGUCAGAGUGCAGAUGGAGAGUCUGGAGCAGCUGACGGUGUCGGGCAGGAGGGAGGAGGUGCUGGAGGCCGCGCUGAAGAUCAGCCUGUUGCUGCAGGAGGCGCAGGAGCGGGCGGCACGCAGGGCGGCAGUGCAGCGGCUGCAGGACACUCUGAGCUGGGAGCUGCUCGCAGGAGAACGCUGGACGCCCAUAGAUCCCUCUGUCAGCUACGACAUCGAGCUGGCCUUCCACAGCCAGCAGAAGAGCUUCCAGUUCCAGCAGGACGGAGACACGCUUACAGUGGACUUCAGCCACAUGGAGCUCCGCAGCAGCACACAGGAGACUGCCAGGAUCAAGAGGAGUCUGCGGGGGGACUCAGACACGGCAAUCAUUCAUCCUCCUCCAACAUGGACCAAAAUGGACGGCCGUGAUUUAGAAGUCGUCGCCCUCCAGUGUGAUUCAGAGGAGUAUAAGAAGAUAGAAGCAGAGUUUGUGCAGUCCAGCAAACACCCCGACGUGUCUCCGGUACAGGUGCAGCAGAUUGACAGGAUUCAGAGUCAGUCUCAGUGGCAGAGAUACAGCGUGCUGAAGCAGGCCGUGGAUAAGAAAUACCCCACGCAGAGCAACGAGCGGCUGCUUUACCACGGUACCACCAGAGAGAUCUGCCAGAAGAUCAACAAGAACGGCUUCAACCGCAGCUUCUGCGGGAGGAACGCCGUGGCUCAUGGGGACGGCACGUACUUCGCCCGGGAAGCCUGGUACUCAUGUCAGGACCGGUACUCGAGUGUGGACGGGUCGGGGCUGCAGUGUGUGUACCGGGCACGGGUGGUGACGGGCGCGAUGUGUAAGAGCCGUGCAGGCAUGAAGGAGCCGGAGCCGCUGGAUGCAGCAGACCCGCAGGCUGGACUUCACGACUGCGCUGUCGACAGCCUGCAGAAACCCUUCAUAUUCGUGGUGUUCUGUGACGCAGGAGCCUAUCCUGAAUACCUCAUCACAUUCAAGUCCAUAUAGACACACACACACACACACACACACUCACUUUACUAUUUACAGCUUUGAAGAGAACUGACCUCAGCACAGUCACAGAGAAACUGCUUUAAGCAAAACUACUGUCAACCCCUGCCUUCAUUACACAAGUCAAGAUCGAGCUCUUAAAGGCACAGGACACACAGCUAUUACAGCUUACUCAUCUUCAAGUGGAUCCAAACCUUUAUAAGCUUCUUUCCUCACUCAAACACAAUAGAGGAUAACCGCUGGAACUGCCGACUUUCACAAUAUUUGGUUUCCAUGCAGUGGUUAUCCAUUUGCAACAUUCUUCAAAAUAUCUACUUUUGUGUUGAACACAGGAAAGAAGCUCAUAAAGAUCCGCUUGAGGGUCAGUAGAUUGUCAGUUUUUGGGUGGACUGUCCCUUUAAGAUCAGAUCUAAUAAUGUGAGUGAACUGAGCAGUGCCUUCAGAGUGGAUUAAUAUUCAUCAUGUUUACAGUUCACAGUUAGAUCCUGUCAGCUAAUUUUACUCAGUGGAUUAAUGAACAAAGCAGAUGUUGCAGUAUUAUAAUAAUGUCUGUCAAAUUUACUUAUUAAAACUGAUUAAUAUUGUCAUCUCAGGUCUAUUAGAGAAGUUUAGAAAUGUAAAAUAAAGCUUAAGAUCAGUAAAUGCUUCAGAUGUGUUGCUGGAUCAUUGUUUAUUACUGGAGCCUCACUGCAGUGUGUUAAAGUGGGAAUAUAUUCAUCUCCUGCUGAUAUCUGGAGGAAUACACGUUUAUUUGCAGAUGCUGCUGGCACUGAAGCUUCAUGAUGAUCAUUUAAUGUUGUUGUUGUUGUAAUUAUGAAAGCAUAUCAGCUUGCAGGUGAAUCAUGCAGAUGACUCACUCACUCGAGUGAUUCACUAAGAAGAAUCAGUUAAAUGAUUCGUUCGUGAAUCGGCCAUCACGAGGACACUUUAAAAGAAAAACUUUGCUAA